GGCCUGACCGUGUAGAAAUACGUCACAGAAAUUACGAAUAUCGCCUUCUCCAUAGCGGCGUCCAGUAACCUUCUUGAUCAAUUCUAGUAUGACGAAUGUACUGUGAAUAUAAUAAUUCAAUAUAUGUGAUGAACAUUCUGGACGAUAUCUUCAUUCACGCUGCCCUUUUGUUAUUCUUCCAGAAUCCAUCAAUUGUUGUUGUGUUCUCUCCAUAGUCAAAGAAACUUCUCAUGCAUACGAUAGCCCCACCAUUUCUGCAUGCCAAAGCAGAUAUCAUCCUUCGAUCAUCCGAUGGCGUUGAUUUUCGCGUGAUCACGCUCUUCCUGAAUCUCGCCUCAUCAUCUUUUGACUCCAUCAUCGAGCAAGCGGCACAAUCAAACCAGAUCGAAGGUGACCUGCCCGUCGUGUCCGUAGAAGAAAACCACAGAGUCCUCGACAUCUUGCUCAGAUUCUGCUACCCUUCAACUCUUGCAGAGGAUCCUCCUCUACAUGAGUUUGAAGAUAUCAUACCUGUCCUUGAGGCAGCCAGGAAAUAUUCCUUGAAACCGCUUGAGCACAGAGUUCGCCAAGCGCUUAAAAGCCGUAUGGAGAAAGAGCCUCUAAGAUGCUUUGCGGUUGCAAUGCGUGUCCAGCUAAACAUUGAAGCCACGCUAGCCGCAGGAUAUACUCUCCGCGAACCUCUCAUUCCCGCGAGUUUUCCGGAAAUCAACCUCAUCACAGCAAAGGAGCUGCUCGCGCUACUUACCUAUCACCAGAGGUGCAGCAUAUCGGUGCAAUCCUUGGGGAAGGAUCUAUCCUGGAUUAUCAGCAGUUACCAGAGCUCGGAUGUAACAGGAUACCAGUGGAUCAUUGGCGGUUCCUGCGAUUGCGAGUCCGGCAGUCAAUUCUUGCUCAAUGGUCAACGACCAUUAAAAUGGUGGAGUGAUUACAUGGAAAAAAGUCUGAUAUCCUUGUACGACAAGCCAUCCGGCCACACGGUCCUUGCAGGGGUUGGUGACACAAUCCGGGGCGUUCGAGCUCGUGGUUGCUCGCGGUGCUGUUCAAAUAUCCUGGUAAAUAUGACGGGAUUUGCCGAGUUGUUCAGCGGGAAUGUCGAUAAGUUGACGGGCAAGGUAACUUGAUGAUUUUGUCGCAGCACAUCAGGCUCAUAAUAUUGUACUUGAAAAGGUUGAUCUCGACAUGGAGUUCCUUAAACCCUUCGUUCCAGUUACCCUAUCAACAAUGACUCGGGGUUCACGGGGUGGCGGGAGGAGGGGAGG